AUGGAUUAUCCACACUCCCCAUCGACUUCGCCCACGGCUGCUCAGCAGUGGGGUCAUGGGAACCUUCCAUGCUACCCAUAUCCAAUCAAGACAAAUGUCCAUCAGCCUGGAGUAGAUGGACAUCUAGCCUUCGCGAACGAUGCAGCUGCCAAGUGGUCUGAAACGAGCGCAGCCCCAGCCUCUCUGAGCACACCUCCGUUGAGCCAGCCUUCCUCGAUCCACCUUCCGGAGGAAAAUGUCUGGUCCGCUUUUACGAACUUGCAAUCCGAGGGAUCUACUCCACAGGGAAUGAACCCACAGGCGUUCCUCCCGGGCUUCAUCAAGCCUUUACCGGCAAUGAUAAAUCCGGCCACGCUUGAAUGCCUUCACCUGAACGGUGUCUUCGCUUUGGCAAAUCCGCCCCUUCAGAAUGCUCUGCUUGGUGCAUUCGCCGAAUGCGUUCUCCCCUCCAUGCCAAUCGUCGAAUGGCAGAAUCUUUUCCAUGCUAUCCAUGGAGGUGACGGUCAACAUGGCUCGGUCAGCCUACUCCUCUACCAUGCAAUCAUGGUCUCCGCAACAACAUUCGUCGACAUCGGCUAUAUCGUCGAAGCCGGUUUCUCCAGCAGACAGGAGGCGCAGGAAUCCUUCUUCCAAAAGGCUAGGCUCCUUUAUCAAGCCAAUAUCGAGUCAGAUUCCUUGAUAAUCGUGCAAUCGUUUCUCUUGAUGACAUAUCGUCUCGAUACGGCAGAUGGAGACGACAGUCGUCAUCUGGUCGGAAUCGCGAUCCCCACUGCUCUAUCCAUCGGCCUGUUUCAAGAUGUCUCCCAGGCCAUCAACUUCCCUUAUCGCCCCACCUUGUGGCGACGGAUUGCCUGGGCAUGUCACGUCGUGGACUGUCAGAUUGCGCUGCGACUACGACGCCGACCGAUCAUUCAACGUGCGGACUUUUGUCACCAGAUGAUCUCAGAAGAUGACUUUGAAUUGCACCAUCAAAAUCUAGCAAUGGCUCACGAGCUAAGCCCAUACCACAACUUCGCAGCGAAAAGAGAACUAGCCCUCAUGUUCAUCGCCAACGCGCGAUUGUCAGUAUGUAUACGAAAUGUCCUAGACGUGCAAUGCAAAGAAAGUCAGCUCCGUGCUUCGACCUCACCAGCAACACCAACAUCAGCGGUAAGCGACGACUCAGAUUAUUCGCAGAGCGUCUUUAUUUCCGAGCGAAUGUUAUCCGAAUGGGCCAACUCACUGCCUGUUAAUUUUCAAACCACACCUCAAAACCAAGAAGAAGAGGCCGCGAUCACCGUCCAACGUAGCCUUCUCCACAUGACCUUCUAUACGACAAUUGCAGUUUUCCACCAAGCACGACCCUUUCCGUCCUCGAACUUCUGCGUACAACACGCCUCUCGGCAGAUCACAUUAGUUGCGUUUGACCUCCAUCGAAGGAAUCUACACAGACGACUCCCCAUUGUUGGCGUGACGGGCAUUCUCGUCGCGCUUGUCAUUCACAUCUCGGAGAUGAAGGCACCGCCUUCACCGCAGAAAGAUGAAGCAACUAAGAACUUCCAGUUGGGCCUGGAAAUGAUGGCCAGCCUGCGAGAUGUGUAUUCCGAGGCGAACAGGGUCACAUCUUGGGCACUAAAGUUUAUCCAGCAGACUUCUGUGCUAUCAGAUAGUCCUCUCCAUGGCUUCCAGUCACAAAAUAGAGGGUUCGGAAAAGCGAGUGGUAUGUUACAGUCGGUAGGCUCUGCGGAGUCGAUAGGAAGCGCCAGCGAAUAG